CAUGCGCAGCCCGGGUCGCGGCGCUCGGCGGCCGUGCGGGUCGGCGAGGUGCGAAGAUGGCGGGGCUGCGCUUGGCGGCUCUGGGCGCCCGGGUGCCUUGCAGGAGGUGGGGCGGAGCGGCGGUCUGCGGCUUCCGCCGGGGCCUCAGCGCCUGGCUCGCAAGGAAGCCCGAGGGGACUCCGCGGUGGCCCCCAGCUUGCAGACAAAAGUCAUCAGUCUCUUUCCUUAGUCGACCAGAGCUUCCAAACUUGGCUUAUAAGAAGCUAAAAGGCAAAAGUCCAGGAGUUAUCUUCAUCCCUGGCUAUCUUUCUAAUAUGAAUGGUACAAAAGCAUUGGCGAUUGAAGAAUUUUGCAAAUCUCUAGGUCACGCCUGUAUAAGGUUUGAUUUGUCAGGAGUUGGAAAAUCGGAUGGUAAUUUACAAGAAUGCACAGUGGGAAAGUGGAGAAAAGAUGUUCUUUCUAUAAUUGAUGAUGUAGCUGAAGGACCUCAGAUACUAGUUGGAACUAGCCUCGGUGGAUGGCUUAUGUUUCAUGCUGCGAUCGCAAGGCCACAAAAGGUUGUUGCACUUAUUGGUGUAGCGACAGCUGUAGAUGGCCUAGUGACACAGUUCAAUCAGCUUCCUGUUGAGGUAAAAAAAGAAAUAGAGAUGAAAGGCAUGUGGGACAUGCCAUCAAAGUACAGUGAAGAAGGAAUUUAUCACAUUCAGUACAGUUUCAUUAAAGAAGCGGAACACCACUGCUUGUUACAUAGCCCGAUCCCCGUGAACUGCCCUGUACGAUUGCUCCAUGGCAUGAAAGAUGAUGUCAUACCUUGGCAUACGUCCAUACAAGUUGCUGACCGAGUAGUCAGCACAGAUGUAGAUGUCAUCCUCCGAAAACAUAGUGAUCACCGAAUGAAGGAAAAAGCGGACAUUCAACUUCUUGUUUAUACUAUUGAUGACUUAAUUGAUAAGCUUUCAACUAUAGUUAACUAGAUCAUAUUUUUAGUUGGUAUGUAAACUAAUGGAUCUAAGAGAUUAGAGGAGGGAUAACAGGUGAAAGGCCCUGAUAUUUAGGUUUUAUCCUCUUUGUUUAUAUUUUGUAAAUAUCACACGAAUACUUAUUUAAUGAAGUAUGAUACAAAUUGUAAAGAAAAUAGAAGUUGCUGUUUGAAAAUUUUUCUCCUUCCUUCAAUCCUUGAUAUUUUUUAAUUGAAGUAUAGUUGACACACAAUGUUAGAAUUUCAGGUGUACAACAUAGUGAUUUCGACAACUCUAUGUAUUAUCCUAUGCCCACCACAAGUGUAGCUACCAUCUGUCACCAUAUGGUGCUAUUACAACACCAUUGACUCUGUUCCCUCUGUACCUUUCAUCCCUAUGAUUUAUUCCAUGACUGGAGCCCGUAUCUCCCCUUCACCUGUUUUUGCCCAUCCUCCCACCCGCUUCCCUGUGACAAUCACCAAUUUGUUCUCUGUAUUAAUGGGUCUCUUUCUGAUUUGUUUUGCUCUUUAGGUUCCACAUAUAAGUGAAAUCAUAACAUAUUUGUCUUUCUGUGACUUAACUUCACUUAAUCAAAUACCCUCUAGGUCUAUACAUGUUGCAUGUUGUUUUUUUUUAAUAAAAUAUUUCCUGCUUUUUUAUUCAAGACAUGUUCACUUGCUAAAUGCUUAUGUUAACUGGGAUAGCUCUUAAUUGUGUUCUCAGAAUUGUUAAGAAAGUUUGAUUUUUUUUUUUUUUGGUCUUUUGUCUGAUGUCAGUUCUGUACAGAGAUUUGUAAAAUUGCUCCUGAUUUUAAAAUGCAGUUCAAAAAAAAAUGCAGUUCACAAAAUAUAGGACAAUGUUUAUUGAAAUAAACCUGAAAUGAUCAGAAAAAUGUCUGAAGCAUAAUAAAGUUCAAAAAGUGAAGAUAUACUUUA